AUGGCGGCCAUAGACGACUCCACCACAGCAGCCGUAUCAAAAAGGAGAAAGAUCACUGCUUCAACGCCACCAUUGCCUCCAUUGCUGCCAAGUCCAACAAUACUUCAGCUCCUCGACUUCCCCCAUUCAUGCUCCAGCUUUUGCUCCGAUCACUCUCUGCCUCCAUCCUCGUGCUGCUCCACCAAUGUUCUCAACGACGUCGCCGCCGCCCGUAGCUCACCUCGCCUAGAUCUGGAGGUGAAUCCCGCCUCCCUAGCUCGCACCGAGCUUCGAAUUUCUCUUCCCCCUUUCUUUCUGGAGACGACGCCGUCGAGCAAGCUGUGCCUGGACUCGAACGAAAUAUCAUCGCCGGCACCGGUGGUGUCUCACUGGCGGAGAAUCCCGGUCAGCAAAUCGCCUCCGAGUGAAGAGAUCGAAGAGUUCUUUGCCGCCGUCGAGAAGUACGAGCAUAAGCGCUUUACAGAGAAGUACAACUAUGAUAUCGCCAAUGACGUGCCUCUGGAGGGUCGGUACCAGUGGAACAAAAGUAGCAAUGCAGCUUGUAAUUUUAUGCAUGGAGAUGGAGGUGGGAGUGGUGGAGGAGAGUUUGCUUACGACAGUUCAUUUUUUCAGGAGUCAAAAAGACUCACAGAGGAAGGUUUGGAAUUUGAUCUGGGGUUUUAA